AUGGAUAUGGCAGCUAGUGUUGCGGGCCUUAUCAGCCUCGCGGAUCUGACAUUUCGAGUUGUGUACAAGUAUGUCCGCUGUGCCAUAGACGCGGAGAAAGACGUCAAGAAUCUAAAAAGGGAGAUCGAAGGCCUAUGUAGUGUCCUUCGUACUCUACAAGCUCUUACAGACAUUCUUAUUACCGAGGAAGAGAAGGACAAAUCCGCUUUGAGCAUCGACAUACUUGAUCAAUGCAGAGAGACACUUGAGGAAAUCAGCAACAAGUUACGGGGAGCUUUCCUCUCAUUUGAGCAGAAAAACAAUAUCAUCAAGGCCACUUUUCAAAGACUCAAGUGGCCGUUCAGUGCCACGGAGACCAAGGAAAUUCUGAAUGUACUCUCCCGAUAUAAGCUCACUCUUUCCAUGGCAACAUCUGCAGAUUCUCUAUCAAAACUUCGCAUCCUCCUCAAUAACCAAGUCGAACACAACAUCAAGAUCGAGGAAGCUGUGAGAAACAUUGAUGGAAGCACAAAGCUCAUCGCCAACAUCGUACUCGACAAGGAGAGGCGACGCAUCCUUCAUUUCUUUAUGGACACGACUCUGAACCCGCGACAGAACCUGGAUCAGAGUAUUAAGUUACGUGAGCCGACCACAGGUACCUGGCUUAUGGCAAGUAUUGAACUCCAGAGUUGGUUAAGUACUUCGGGAUCUCUCCUCUGGUUUAAUGGCAUCCCCGGAGGUGGAAAGACUAUAUUGGCUGGACUCGUCAUCCAACAAGCUAUGACCAGAAACUCGGAUGAAGUUGGAGUGGCCUUCUUCUUCUGUGACUACAAGAACACCGCAACCCUACGCCUGGCAAACAUCCUUGGGGCCAUCGCUGUCCAGCUUGCCCUUCAGAAUGAUGCCUCGUACGAAAUUCUCGAGAAGUACCACAAAGAUCUCAAUCCGCCGAAUAAACUCGCUGCGAUCUUAGACGUCGAUGGCUUGGAACGUGUCAUUGGAUCUAUGAUCAAGACUUUCAGUCAAGUGCUGAUAGUGAUUGAUGGACUUGAUGAGUGUGGUGAUGAGAUGGGCAUUGUUACUAAGAGUCUUGCAGACUUCGCCACUCUCGAUACACCUGCGUCAGUCGCACUUUUCAGUCGUCAGGAGCCGGAAAUUCGUGCGCGAAUGGGAAACAAUUUCACGGAAAUUCCGAUUGAAGCCCAUACCGAAGAUAUCAAAAUAUAUGUUAGGGCAGAGUUGGAGAAAAGGAUUCAAUCACGACGCCUUCGCUUAAGUGAUCCUGAAACAGCGGACAAGAUUGAAGAGGAGCUCGUUCGGAGAGCUGACGGGAUACGGAAAUUUCUCGAAAAGCAACAAGAGCUGGCUAGCGAACUUCCCUUUUACCCUCAAGCAGCUGCUUACUGGCCUAUGCUUCUUAGAGCUAGUCCUGAGAAUUCCAGACAGCCAUUGUUACAACAAGCCACAGAAUCAUUAUUCGGCGAAUACUUCUCACCUGAGCUAAGGACUUGGAUUUACUGGUUCCUGGCAACUUUGUGUGAAAUUGCAGACGAGGGCUGUUCAAAAACCGAGUGCCUAUUUGCUGCCAACAUUGCUCUGGAUAAAAAUGUUGAGCCUCUUCAUCUGGCUGCUGCCUUGAACAUGCCUCAACUAUGCCUUCGCUUGAUGGAAGACGGCGACUCGCCUUAUUCAUUUUCGGAUCAUCUCCAAGAUAGGCGAGUUUCUGUCUUUGACUCUUGGUCUUGGGACGGUUCCCCAUCCCAAACUCUCUUGCACCAUGCCACUAGUCGUAACGCGAUCAAAUGUGUCGACCUCCUGUUGAGACGGGAAUGCGAUCCAUAUGCUCGAAAUCAAAAGGGUGUGCCUGCUCUCCAUGAAAUCGACAUUACGAAGAACGGUGGCAUCAUAGACACAUUCUUAGCGCAUGGUAUAUCUUUACUCGGAACUGACACGAAUCAGCGGACCUUGUGGCAUGUCUGUGCAUAUGGGGGUAUUUCUAGCGCCGACUUCAUGCUAAAACUAUUUACGGCAAAGCCUGAAGAAACUCGAAUCGCAGUUUUUAUGAAGGAUGACGAUGGCUGUACGCCGUUGCUUUUGGCGCUCUCAAAUGACCCCAGCCGUAAAAUCAAUUUCGAGGAACUUGAAGACAAUGCCCUCUCCUUCAUCAAGCACUGCAGCGAUGUUUCAGGAUUCUGGGGCAAACAUGAUCCUAUACUCCACCAGGCUUUUGCUUUUGGCUCUGAGAAGGUUAUGCGUCGUCUUUUCGACCUCGGCAUCAAACCGGAUCCAUUUAUCGCUGGCACCCUCACUCCACUACACAAGCUUAGUGUGAACACGUCACCAGAAUGGCUCUGGCGUGAUAACAUUACUCUAGGGGCUUUGAGAGCACAUGAAGAAGCAGUAGGGGAAUGUGGAACAGAACGAGGCCGAAAUAUUCUCAAAUCACUUUUGAAACAUUCAGACCAUCGUAAGCUGAAAGAGUUCGAUAUCGAUAGACGUGGACUAGGUUUACUACAUAAGAUUGCUUCCACGGGCCAAGAGCCACAUAUGCGAUGGUUAAUGGAGGAGCUUGUUAGCAGAGGAGUGGACGUCAACGGCUUUGACCGUGAUUCGGAUGAAACCAUUCGUAUGACGCCCCUCAUCUACCAUAUCCGCAUGAACUCGGACAAGAGGUUGACGUUUUGA